GCGACGGGGAGGGGCUUCCUCUGGGCUUCUGAGGCGCAGGACGCGGAGCUCCCAGCACCGCCAUGUUUCCGGGGCUCCUCAGGGCGCAGCGCCUGGCGCGCAGAGCGGUGAGUGGCGGGCCUUGCGCGGCGGCGGCGGCGGCGGCCCUCCUCCUCUUCCUCCUCCGUCGCCUUGCGCCCGUCUCCCGCCCAGCCUCCCCGCCGGGUGGGCCGCCUGGGGCCAAGGUCGCGCCGGGGCCUGGUUCCCCCGGCCUGGCUCUGGCGUCGCAGAGGGUCGGGGAGGAUCCCGGCGGGGAGCGAGGGCCGGGGGGGGCCCGGUGGGAAUUGGGCGGCUUCCCCCGGCCUGGGCCGCCUCGCAGGGGGGUCUGGAGAAUGAGAAGAGGGAGGAGGAGGAGGAGGAGAACCGGUCGUGCCGCCUGGAGCUCCUUUCAGCGAUGAAUGUCAGGGUAACUGUGUCUCCCAAGCCAGGUGUUUCUCGGUGUGUUUCUUUUACAUUUCAGCAUUGCCAAUAAGCCCACAAAAGUUCCGAACCGGCACAUUCCGCCCCCCGCAACCAAAGAGGCUAAUAGUCUUGUUUCUAUGUGGGCUGCAGAAAAGUGGACUCCCCUCUCUGCAAUCAGAAUGAAAAUGCAGGAUACUAACCUCUUCGCAAGAGUUUCAUAUAUAUGAGUUUCAUUCAUAUGUGUGUGACGUUUAAAGCAUCCCAGAAACCAGAUAAAGUGUUCCUCCUUCCCCAGCCCACUCACUCGCCUGCAUGAGUGGCUUUCAUGAUAAUAUUGUGGGAAACGGGGUUCACAGAAUGUAGAUUGGUUGAUCUCUGGGUGGCUUGUGGGAGCUCUGCAACAAUUUCUGAUUCACUGUUAUGUCACAAAAGCAGCUACUAAAAGACUCGGGGGCUGUGAGCUCAAUUCUGGUCCUGAAAUUUUUUUCUGAACUGAGCAUGUACUCGAGCACUUUGUACUUUGCGGGGUGGGUCUUCUGUCUCCUUAACUUGAGUAUGGUUGGUAGACCUUAUACUACCGGUAGUUUAAAAAAUGUAGUUCCUCCAAGUCAGAUCUGUCCACCACUGGUGUAAGUAAUUACUGAAACACAGGUGUCUUAUUCUCAAGAGUGUCACCCCCAUUAUUCCCUCUGUUCCACCAAACACAUGGGGACCUCCCACAAGUAAAAUAAUUUUUCCUUCUCAGUUGAUGUACAGUUGUACAUAGAUGCUUUACACUUCUGUGAGAUUUGUUCUUGUUCUUUAGCCAAUGUAACCUGCCAGUGUAACUAGGGCUGGGUGAUAUCUGGUUUUCAACAUCACAGUAUAUCAUCAGCUAAACACUGCAAUAUACUGCUAUAUCACAAUGUCUGAAAUAACCAUGGAGCUGAUUUUCAACUUCGUGAUAUAGCACCAGCUAAACAUUGUGAUCUACAGAUAUCUGAAAUAAGUCUGAUACUGAUGUCUGAAAUAAGGAUGGAACUAUGUAGAGGCAUUGACUGGCUUUCAUGGGUUUUCCCACAUUGUGAUUUUUGCACAGCACACACAUGCACCAUGAUUCACAACAUAUUGCCAGGUCAAAAAUUAUGAAACAAUAUCAUGAAAUGAACUUCAUUUUUGGAUGCUAUAGCAAUAUAUUGCCCAGCCCUAAAUGUAACCUGUUCAUGGUCCUCUGGUAUCAAUAGGCAGUGGGACCCAUUGGUUCACAUCUGUGGGUUAAGGUUAGUACAUGUGUAAAUAUGACACUCAACAUGUCAUGUGAAAUACGAACAAUCUUUGCAAUAGUUGGUUAAAUGUUCAGUGUCUGAAACUGGACAGAUUGUACACAUCCUGUUUCUGCAGCAAUGUCUUUGUAGCUAAAUGCUUAAAUCUCAAAACAGUUACCUUAAUGUGGCACUCUGAUCUUAUCCUGCCAGUCUUACUAUACCAUACUAGUCUAGCUCAUUGACUGGUAGGGCCGCUCUAGGUUUUCAGCAAGAGAGAGGUCUGUUUCAUUUGACAAAAUGGGCUUCCACAAGUUUGCAGAACGCAGUUUCAAAUAUUAGCAAUGCAGCAGUGUCUAUCUUGUGGAAUUUAAUGCAGUGUUACAAGAAGCAUUAUUAAUAAUAAUAAUAAUUAUUAAUAAGAGUAGCAAUAGUUUUUAUCCCAGGAUGCAUUCCAGUCAGGCAAAAUUACUUGAGGCAUGAAGCAGUGAGGAUGUGGCCUGUGAAGUGGGGGAUCUGAAGCCUGGAUAGAGAAGGCUGCAUGUGGCUUCCUAUGCUCCUACAUGUCCUUUAGACAGAGGGAAGAGUAUGUAUUAAUGGAGUGAUUUGUAGAAUGGGAGAAUCUGAUGACUCUGUCCUGCGCCUUGCAAAGAAUGAUGGUUAUAGGACAUUGUAUAUGUGCAGCUGUAGUGGUAGUAGUAUUGGUAGUGAGAGAAGUGAGAGACUAGGAACAGGAAUGUAGUAGAAAAUGAAGGUGGUACAAUAGGUAAUAAAAAUGUUCAGGGAAAGAGAUAGUGAGAAGGAAGCGGCGAGGAUCUGUGUGCCAGGUACACCAUGUCCAAACUGCUGCUUGGCCAAAAUUCCACUUCAGGCAUCUCCAGAAAGAUAUUCAGAAAGAUUUAAAGAUUCUGAGCUAAGGAGAAGAACAGCAUUGAAACAACAGCAUUGUUGCUUUUAAAAAUUGUUUAAAGACAUUGGAAUAGCUAAAAUGUUUGAUUUUAUUUCUAUAUGAUCAUCUAAGUGUGGAAAUUUGAUGGAUAAAUUAUAUACCGUAGAUUCCGGCGUAUUAGGCGACUGGGCCUAUAAGACGACCCCCCAAAUUGGCAGUGCCAAUUUGGGGUUUUGUCUUAUAAGCCCAGUCUUAUACGCCAGGCAGGAGGAAGCCGCCUGGCGCGGUGCGGAGCCCACCGCCCGCCGCUGCUGUGGCAGCUUCGGCAGCCUCCAAAGCAGCAGCGGGUGGCGGUCUCCGCGCCAAGAGGAAGCCACCCAGCACCCACUGCUGCCUCAGAGGUAGUACCCGGUGUAUAAGACGACCCCCGACUUUUUAACCUCUUUUCCGGGGUUAAAAAGUCGUCUUAUACGCUGGAAUCUACGGUAUUUGUUCUCUACAUUUAUAUCACAUCUUUUCUCCAAUGAGCUCAAGGCAGCAUGCAUGGUUCUCUCUCCCCCAUUCUUCCCCGCUCUAUCUUAUCCUCACAGCCAUCCACUGAGGGUAGGUUAGAUGAGAGAGAGGGACAGGCCCAGGGUCGUCCAGUGGGCCUUAUGGCUGUGCAGUGUUUGUGCUCUAUGAUGCAGCUAUGCCCAACUAGGGAGUAAUAUAGUGCAAGGCAGGGUUCACACUGGAGGCAAGGGAAGUCUCAAUCUGUGCUCUGGGGAACAUAGAGCUAUGGACUGUCUUUCAUUGGAAACUUUAAAGCAGAGGUUGGAUGACCACCUGUCACAGAGCCAUUGAUUUUCCUGCAUUGUAGGGGGCUGGGCUAGAUGACCCCCAGGGUCCCUUCCACCCAACAUUGGAAAUUCACCAGGUGCAUUUUGAACCUGGCCAUUGGCCACCUGUGACCAAGUGAAGAUGCCUGGGUGCCAGGAUGGCGCAUGACCUCUUCACCAUCUGGAGGUGCAUGCCUAGGGAUCCUUGGAUCUGGACUGUUUUCACACACUAGUGACACACCCUAUAGAAUUCUAUCCAUUAUAUUUUCUUUGCACAAUCAAAAUGAAUUUCAGGAAACAAAAAGUUGUAUUGAAAAAUAUGCCUUUCAAACCGUCUGGCCCCAAAAUGGCAACUAGGCAUUCCAUUUUGGUGACUCUAAUCCUGGUUUAAGGAGCCAUUUGGCACCUAGCUUAUAUAUCUGAGUUUCUAACACUGUUUCCAACUCUGCAGUUCCAUUAUUCUAUGAGCAAGGAACAACCUGAAAAUGGGUCCUCAGUCACAUGACCUAGCAACCCAGCACAGGGGUUUAGAAUAGGUUCAAGUCUGUCCCUGCGCUGUCCAACCCUCCUCUUCCUGGGACAUCCUUUUGAGGGACUUAACCUGGCUUUGGUUCAACUGGCUUUGGCUGAGGACUUACCCCACUGCAUCUCCAGCUGAACUGACAUGAAUAACUUCAGCCUGGGCUCAGCUGUAGAUCUGCCUGUUCCAAACUUGCUCAUUGUGGCAGAUCUUGGGUUUGGAGCAUGCUAUAAAUAGGUAUGCCAUCAGAUUUAAAUUGAAGUUCACAGCACACUUGCCAAGGGAAGGCUCAAAUCUUUGAACACUUAAAAAAAAACCAUUUUGCAUGAGCCGAUGAUAAUAAUGAAUGAAAGGAAAUUAACUCAGACCAAGUCCUUGUUAUGUUCCACAUGAAGGAAUAGUGAAGACGUUGAUUUAUUUUUAUGUAAUCUCAGAAAUAUUAAUAAAUCAAACCCUCCUUUUACCCUGUUAAAUGACUAAGUUAUAAAGAGCAUUUCUGCUUCGGAUUUAUUUUAAGAAGUUUACAUUAUGCUUUUCUGGUAAAUAGAUAAUUAUCUAUGCUACAAAACUUGUUAUAGGAAGACUGAAGCUUAUCCUAUAACAACCACAUAUGCAAUAACAUUCCUCUGACUGUAUGUUCCCUCCAACAAACACCAGAUUUUCUUUUAAAAUACAUUUUACUUUGGAAUCUUAAACUCUAAUCUUUUAGUGGUUCUGCACAUUUUGCUUGUGACCGGACUAUAAAUUUUAGCAAGUGUGGGCUUUUUGCCAUGAAAGCAUGGAUUUAUUAAUCAAACAGUCCAUACAUGCUUGUAACUUUUAUGAAAAAUGAUUUAUGAAACAUAAUCAAAAAUAUGGUUUUUGAUAUAUAUUGGCAGUAAGUAAUUUGUUACUGGCAAUUCACCUCAAUGAUUUAAAAAUCCUUGACUCCUUGAUGUGAUUUAAUAUACUUAAGUUGGAACAUGAAGAAUUUUACAGGAACUUUUACACUUCUGAUCAUAGUUACAAAUUGUAGCCUAAUUCAUUGUUGCAUAUAACAAAUUGUCUUGGAUGACUACAUAAAUUGAGUUCAGUGACACCUCCUGUGUAUGCUAAGUGUGCAUUGCAAAUGUCGUUUGAGAAUAGUGAGUGGAAUCUGCGCAUUGGUUGGGGAGUGUUGUGGAGAAAGACCCACCAAGUUAGGGAGGAAACCUUUGGCCCUAGAGCUCCAGCAGUUCUGAGAUAGUUGGGGAGGAGCAUCUUUGUGCUGUAUAGAUAUUGGGGUAAAGGUUUGAAGGGAGGAUUUGGAACAACUAAUGUAAGAACAUGCACCUUCUGGCUUGUGCUGUCUGAGUAUGUUUUGCCCCCAGCUGUUUCUGGUAUAUCCUUAGCAUCUGGAUUACAAGGGGCCUUGGGGCAUGGAAAAUCCUAGUUAAACAGAGGGGAUUGGGGAGAAGUGUCAGAAAAUGCACCUGCUCUCUAAACAAACUAUUGGUCAAGAUAAAAUUGCUGACUUACGUGAUUUCAUACCAUAUCAUUCAAAACUCAGAGAUUCUGCAAGGACAUCUGAUAUGAAGGUGCAUAUGCCUGCAAUGUUAACUUCACCAACAGAUUAGUUGAAUUUAAGAGCUACAAGUGUUAUUGUGAAACCCUCUUCCCCCUUCUCUUGUUUUAAAGGUCUCCUUGCUUCACCGGUUUCAGAGUACGCUAGUAAUAGCUGAACACACAAAUGAGGCUGUUUCACCUAUUACAUUAAAUACCAUCACUGCGGCAAAGCGUCUUGGAGGGGACGUUUCAUGUUUAGUAGCUGGCUCCAAUUGUGAAAAGGUAAAAACAUUGAAAAGGGGAGGAGGAAGGGAAGUAUGCUUUCUGUAUUCUGAACUUGUUAUUUGUUUAAAAUAUUUGUAUCCUGCCUUGAGGGAAGGAGGGGUGGGGAUUCAGAUCAGUGGAACAUAGUCAUGCCUGAUCUUUUUUAAAAGACUGCCCAAAUAUCAUUUUUUUCUUUUCAGGAUAGGCACCUUAUUAGUGAUGAUAAAUGAGACCACGUUUAUGACAGUUGUUCCAUUGGCUUUUAUUGCUCUGAGCGACUGAUAUAUCCUGUUGUUUAUAGGCAUGCAAAUCUCCUAAUAAUGGAUUGAUGUCCUUUUAUAAUGUAUGCUUAAAUACAAAUAAAUGCUGGGUUUGGGAAUUGUAAAAGCAGCUUCUCUUAUCUACAACCACCAUGAUAAAGCUGAAAAAUUACAAAAAAAACAAAAUCUAAGGAUUUGUCUAGUAAAAAUGGUUAUCUAGUUUGGCAAAGAGAAUCUCAAACUUGCAUAUAUCAGUCAAAAUGUGGUUGAUUUUUUUGAGUGCUAUGCUAAUUUCGCAUUUGGAAUGCAAUUCGACUCUUGGUGCUUGGGUGCUGGUUUCAGCCAAAAUAAAGUAUAUGUUGAAGCAUGUGUCUGAAUGACACUUCAGAGAGAGUGAGAGUGUUAAAGCAGAAUGCUGCAUUCUUCCCCCCCCCCCCUCAUGCUCUGUCAGCCCAGGGAGUCUUCUCUUCUGUUUAUUUACCACUCUUGCCAGUAACAUCUGGUCACAGCAGUAAGGUUUUGCAUGCACAAAUAGUGAUAAUAAACCUUUUCAUUGCAGGUAGCUCAAGAGCUGAGUAAAGUGCAAGGGGUUGUCAAAGUUCUUGUCUCGCAGCAUGAUGCAUACAAAGGAUUUCUGCCCGGUGAGACUCAUUUGCUUGUCAUUAAGAUUCUCUGCAGUCACCACUGUGAUGGAAAAUAUAAGGUGUUUUGACCAAUAUGUUUCAUCCCUAGAGGAGCUGACUCCAUUGAUUCUGGCAGCCCAGAAGCAGUUUAAUUACACCCACAUCUGUGCCGGGGCAUCUGCUUUUGGGAAGGUGAGCAUAUAUGACAUCCACCACAAAUCUGUUGUUCCAAAGAGAUUGAUCCCUAAACUAAUUUAUAAAUUAUGACUUGUAAUUAUUGCAUAUUGAUAUAUACAGGACUUUUCUAAAACAUUUAGUGUGCUGCUUCUAUAGCGCUUCCAUUACUUUCAUUUGCCAGAUACGUGUUUAGUGUAUUGUCUCAAUUUGUAAUUUUUAGCAAUAAAACUAGAGUAGUAGUCAGCAUUAUGCAGGUUUAUAACUUGUUAGCAACAUUUGCUUCUAUCUGUUUCUUUUGUUUAGAAUCUUCUUCCCAGAGUGGCAGCUAAGCUUGAUGUUGCUCCUGUCUCAGACAUAAUUGAAAUAAAGUCCCCUGACACAUUUGUGAGGACAAUUUAUGCAGGUGAGUGUUGUCAGUCUGUAUACCAUAUAUAGUAAUAAUAAUAAUAAAUUUAUUUAUAUCCUGCCCAUCUGGCUGGGUUUCCCCAGCCACUCUGGGCAGCUACCAACAGAAUUAAUGGUAUAAUAAUAAUAAUAAUAAUAAUAAUAAUAAUGCGAUAAAACAUCAGACAUUAAAAACAUCCCUGAACAGGGCUGCCUUCAGAUGUCUUCUAAAAAUCAGAUAGUUGUUUAUUUCCUUGACAUCUGAUGGGAAGGCAUUCCACAGGGCGGGUGCCAAUACCAAGAAGGGCCCCUGCCUGGUUCCCUGUAUCCUCACUUCUCGCAGUGAGGGAACCACCAGAAGGCCCUCAGAGCUGAACCUCAGUGUCUGGUCUGAAAAAUGGGGUGAAGACGCUCCUUCAGGUAUACUGGGCCAAAGCUGUUUAGGGCUUUAAAGGUCAGCACCAACACUUUGAAUUGUGCUGGGAAAUGUACUGGGAGCCAAUGUAGGUUUUUCAGGACCGGUGUUAUAUGGUCUCGACGGCCAUUCCCAGUCACCUGUCUAGCUGCUGCAUUCUGGAUUAGUUGUUGUUUCCAGGUCACCUUCAAAGGUAGCCCCACAUAGAGCGCAUUGCAGUAGUCCAAGCGGGAGAUAACCAGAGCAUGCACCACUCUGGCAAGACAGUCUGCGGGCAGGUAGGGUCUCAGCCUGUGUACCAGAUGGAGCUGGUAGACAGCUGCCCUGGACACAGAAUUGACCUGCGCCUCUAUGGACAGUUGUAAGUCCAAAAUGACUCCCAGGCUGCGCACCUGUCCCAUUCAGGACCAAAGAGUCCUCCACACCAGCCCACCCCAUCCCCCCAAAACAGUACUUAUGUCUUGUCAGGAUUCAACCUCAAUCUGUUAUAGAGGUUUGCAUUAGGCCAUCUAACAUCGCUUUGGUAACAGGAAAAGUGGAAAUGGCUUUUCUGACACAACUAAUAGGAUCAUCCCUAGUACUGCAGGAUUGUAGUUCAAAGUCCCGAGAAACCAGAUAUAGCUUCUUAAUUAACAGAAUCUGCUGACAUGUAUUGUAUUCCUGUUAAUGCAUUUCUGAUAAGAUUUUGCAAACUGUAAGCCAUUCAGUUAGUUCCUUUUAUUUAAUAUGGGUUACAUUAGUUCUGAUUUCAGUAAUCCAUAGGGUUAUCUUUUUUCGUUAGUGAGACAUUGAUACGAUUAUUUGUAAUAUUUAAUUAACUUUCCCUAAUUAUUUUGCUGCCCUUAUUUGUCUAGCCUUAUCAUGCUUGUCUGAUCUCAUAAUUUAAUUUGGACAUGAAAGCAUUAGCUUCUAUGGCUUUUAAAUUUGUUAUGGCAGAAUUUAUUUCCUUUCUUUUGUCAAUGUUCCCUUGCCUUCAAAGACUGAUGGAUUGCUUCUAAGUUUUGAUGUACCUUCUAAUAAUUUUCUUCUACAGUUAUUUGUGCUCAUCUAUUACUAGCAAUGUCUGCCCCCCAUAUCUUUUUUUCUGCCUCUUUCAUCAUCUCUUGUAAACAUACAAGUGAGAAGAACCACACUGACAAUGUGUUGGGUUUAUAAUGAAUUAAUUGGAGACUUAAUAGCCCAGUUUUUAAUGAUUGGUCUACCCAGAUGUUACAUACUCAGUUGCUAGAUUUUGUGCUGCCUUGAUGGAUAUUCGCCGAAGGAUGGUUUAUACAACAAACUAGGCCCAAAAUGCAAGACCUGUGCUCCUUCACGCUCCCUCCCUUAUAAUCGCUUUUAACUGUUUAUCCUUGUUCUAUAUUUUAAAGUUAUGCAUAAUAUAAUCACCUUUUAAUUACUAGUCCUUUACCUGUUUUAAGUCUUAUAUGUUCAAUUUAUCUGUAUGUUUUUUCUUAUGCUGGUCUGUGACCGAAAUAAUUUGAUACUACAGUGAUAUCUCAUUUUGGGUCCGCCCUGUUUAGGGUCCUUUUCAUCCAACGUCUGCGGCAAAGCCGAAAGUACCGGAACAGGUUACUUCUGGGUUUGCAGCACGCGCAGAAGCGCUAAAUCAUGCUUCGCGCAUGCGCAGAGCGGUGCUUUGUCAAGCGUCCUUUUCAUUGAGCGUCUGGGGCUCCGGAACGGAUCCUGGACGCAAAAGGAGGUGGGACUUGCAAGGAAACAUGUUUAGGACUGCAGUAGGCCUUCUCCGUAGUAGCGCCCUCCCUGUGGAAUGCCCUCCCACCAGAUGUCAAAGAGAAUAACAACUACCAGACUUUUAGAAGACAUCUGAAGGCAGCACUGUUUAGGGAAGCUUUUAAUGUUUGAUGUAUCACAGUAUUUUAAUAUUUUUUUGGAAGCCGCCCAGAGUGGCUGGGGAAGCCCAGCCAGAUGGGCGGGGUAUAAAUAAUAAAUUAUUAUUAUUAUUAUUAUUACUGGCAGACUUUCCGAAGAACAAAUAGGUGUAGUAUGACAUAAAAAGCAACAACUUCAUAAAAAGCAUCAAUUAUUUCUGAGAGUUGCCUUUUUAUAACUUACUUGUAAAGUAUGGUUGAAGGAAUUAAAAGUGCAGCACUUUUAAUCUUUUCUUGUUUCAAAUGCAAACCAAAUUUGUCAGUAGUUUCUUCAUGGCAGUUGUGACUUUCUGAGCUUGUAACAUUCUUUUGAAAACAUAACUUCAUUUCCUUGGAAUGAGAAUCAUAGUGAGCAUCCAUCUACAAAGUCUGCCCAGGUUUGUUUGUUUCUUUAAAAAUAUUUUUAUUAAAUGUUUUCUUUUUACUUUUACGAAAGUACAUGCUUUGUCUCUUUUUCAGGUUGUACAGUCUUUCUUACAAAUCAGUUACAUUUCUUGUGAGACAUUAGUGUUGAGUACAGUAUAGGGUUUGGGAAGAAGAGGGGGGAGAGGAGGGGUGGGGUGGGGUGGUGAGGCUUAUAUUCUCUUGUAUGGUAGGUUCUCUUACUAUUCAUUUAUUACACUUCCUUGGUAGUGAGAUGUAUUAGGGGGCAGAGUAUGGUUAGUUGUCCGAGGUUGGCUGCAGUGAGGUUUGUUUGCAUUUGUGGGGGGACGGGGCUUGUUGGGUCAGGUAAGCCAGAUUGAUUUGUAUGUUGUUGUUGUGUUCUUGUUGUUAUCUUGUUGGCUGUGUUAAAGGGGAGCCAUACUGGGGUGAAGGCGUCCUCUUCUAUUUGCCCCCAUGUCAGUUUCAGUUUAUUGGUUAGCUUUUCUAGCAAGCUUAUAUGGACUUGGAAGGAGGUUUAGACCACAUUCUAGUCCACUGGGUGGGUUAAUUUCAUAGCCUAUGUUGUGCUCCCAUUGUUCUUUGAUUGCAUCAAGGGGGUUUGUAGGAUUCUGGAGCAGUAUUUUGUAUGUGGAUAACAUCCCUUUACUGUAUCCCUCUGCUGUCAGGAGAAGGUUUUCGAAAUUAGCCAAGGGCCUAGUGGCUGCUGAUUUUACUGUUGGAUUGUUUAAGAAGGCAUGGUGAUGUGUUAGCCAAGGUUGUCCCCUAGUUUGUCUUGUUUUUCUUGUGUUGGUAUAGGUUUGUUGUUAUGUUAGAAAUCUUUUAGACAGUGUAGGCCUUUGACUUGCCAGGUUUUUAUCUGGAGGUUUUGUGCUGCAUGUUGGAAUAGUGGGUGAUAGGCAAGGGGGUUAGUGGGGAUGGAGAUAGUUUGCCUGCUUUUUCCCUCCAUGCUUUAAGCAUGGAUUGUGUGAACGUGUUCAGUGUUGCUGCCCAGGUUUGUUCAUAUCUCACCACCACUUUCUGAGCAAAUGUUUCUUAGUCAUGGAGUCAGUGGAUGGCCAUGAGCAUUUUUUUUUGAGCAGGUUUACGUGGUAAUGUUAAUGACUUAAUAAACCAUGCUUUAUUUUCCCAAGCUCAGGCAUUGGGUUUGCUUGCUCACUUCUCUCCUUGCGAACAGCUUCAGUGUUUCUGCCACGGUGUAUUAAAAAUGUUCCAUCUGGGAAACUGUGGCUUAGUCUUGGUUGACUAAUGUCACAUCUGAAAUAGAACUAGUCUCCCAUUCUUAGCCUUCAGUCCUUUGCACAUUUCGUUUGGGAGUUAAGUCUCAUGGAAUUCAGUGGGGUGUAUUUCUGAGUAAACCUGCAUAGGAGAGGUCUGGUGUACAAUGGAAGUAGGAACUGCAUGCAUCUGCUGUGCAAAACAUUUUUUGUGGUUGGAUGGCUACGGUACCUUCAUGCUGAGGGAAUGGAUGUUUUUUCAGAUACAGUGGUUCCUCGUGUUACAAACACCUCGUGUUACAAACACUUUGGGUUACAGACUCUGCUAACCCAGAAGUAGUACCUCGGGUUAAGAAUUUUACCCCAGGAUGAGAACAGAAAUGGCGCGGCAGCAGCUGGAGGCCCCAUUAGCUAAAGUGGUACCUCAGUUUAAGAACGGUUUCAGGUUAAGAACGGACCUGUGGAACGAAUUAAGUUUGUAACCAGAGGUACCACUGUACUUGGUGUCUAGUAGAUGUGGCUAAACUCGUUUGUAAAAAUAAUAAUAUUGGUACUUCUUCCUCUCCACUAUCAGGGUCACAACUGAAGUUUUUGUUUUGUUUUGUUUGUUACUAUGCUUUGUAUUUUUGUGUUUUUAUAUUGUAAACCACCCUGUGAUCUUCUGAUGAAGGGUGGUACAGAAAUUUAAUAAAUAAUAAUAAGUAGUAGUAUUAAUGAGUUGUCUGAAAACUUGAAUGUGUCCAGUGGUUCUUAGUGGGGUGCCCAGGGCCUGGCGGUGUUGCACACCUGGCUUCCUGAUGGUGUCUCUGCCGCUUACCAAGAGGUGGAGGCACGAGGUGCAGGGAAGUCAGCAUGGUGCCAGCAGGAACCUUGGAUUGGCUGCAGCACCAGCCCCUCACUGCGCUGAGCUUCCUGUGCCGUGCCCCCUCCCCCUCCCCAGAAGCGACAGCGAUGUUCACUGUUGAGAUGCCAGGUGUGCACUACACCAACAUGCCUGAGACACCAGGGAAGGGGAAUGUAGAAGCAGAACCCUUUGCUGUGUCUUACUGAAAAAUUCUCCUGUGACACCAAGGAAAUGUAAACCUAUUCUGUGUCCAUUUUUUAGUGUCUUAAAUUUUCCUGCCUGAAAGGAUUGUUUUGUCUAAGCAACAGCAUUACUGCCCUCUGCUAAAAGCAGCUGAUCAUUGGAGUUUGCAAUUUUAUUUUCACAGAAAGUGUGGUCUUUUUGUAGGAAAUGCCCUGUGCACUGUGAAGUGUGAUGAAAAAAUAAAGGUGUUCUCUGUACGAGGUACUUCCUUUGAGGCUGCAUCAAUAAGUGGUGGUAGUGCUACAGUAGAGAAAGGUGAGUGUUCAGUUUGUCUGGGUUUUUUUCCUUCUCAAGUUGAAAUUGGAGUAAAAACAUCAUUGUCAAAUAAAAAGACAAAGUUGCACAACUUUGCAUUUACUGAAUUCUUCCCUCUUUACACUUUGCCACUCUUUGUCUCCUAGAGUCCUCUAAUUAUUCCACAUGGAUAUCUCUUUUCUUGUAGCCGUCUUGGGUCGGGUUACAUGUAAAACUACUGUAUCAAAAUUGUGAAGCCAUUUUGAAUGGUUCAAUUGAUUCAAACAAAAAAGAGAGGCUUUCCCCAUAGAUGCUGGAAAGGAUGCAUGUUUGUUAUUAUGUUAGCCCAAUGCAUUUCCUGCCAAAGUAAAAUUCCCCUUCCCCCAAAGUAUGCAUCACACCAGGUCUCUUCUACAGCUCAUGCUCCAUUAACCGGCAUGCACUACUUUUGCCCCAGCCAAAGCAUCACAUAACCGUACCAAGACCAUAUCUUAAACUGAGUGGUGUUUCACCCUUGCUGUUUCCUCUGUGGUGGUGAUGUGAUUUAUUUCUGCCAUGGAGAGUUGGAAAUGUCUGUAUUCUUGUUUUUGUUUUAUUAUGAAUUCUUACGUUCUUAUUUUGUAUUUUCGUGUUGUGAACUACCCUGUGAUCUUCAGAUGAAGGACUGCAUACACUGUAAUAACAACAACAAUUGCAACAGGCUAAAUUGUGGAUAACUCUGUACAGUCUGUAAGCCUAUCUGUAAGCCUUAUUCAGGGGCUUAUCUGUAAAAGAAGUAAAAGGACAACACUUACUAAACCACAUAUAAAACACUUGUAAACUGAUUCAAAACCUAGUUUUGGCUGCUUUGAUGUAAUAAUAGACAUGAUGCAUACUUGGAAAUAAUCCAGUGAAAUAAUUCAGACUUACUUCUGAGCAAACAUCUUAGUGACUUCACGUGUUGAUUUAUUUGCUAUAUGAGCCCUAAUGUUUCUGGCGGGCAAAAAUGUAUGGCGGCAUUUGUGUGUGUAAACUAGAUCAGUUACCUGCAUCUAAAGGACAAUUACAUGCACUACUACCAUGCUGGAUGCUCACUGUUUCUCACUGUACAUUCCCUUCUGGCAAUCUCAGUUUCAGUUGUUUUUAUUGUUUUAUCUCUUGUUGUUUGCCACCCUGGGCUCUUUUGGGAGGAACAGUGGGAUAGAAAUUUAAUAAAUAAAAAAUCCCAUUUAAGUCUUGGUAUAUUUUGAAUGAAUUCAUAUUAACAUCCAGAGGUAUAACCAUAUUGAUGUUUUCUUUUAUUUAUUGCGUUUUUUAAAUGGAGGAAGGACUAUAGUUCAGUGAUACUUCAAACCCUGUCAUCUUCAGGAAGAGCUGUGAAAGACUGCUUUCUGAAAUGCUAGAGAGCUGCUGCCAAUCAGUGUAGGCUGGGGAAGGGAGCAUUUGGCUUUCCACACGCUGCUGGACUACAGCUCCCAUUAUCAUUGACCCCUGUCCCUGUCCUCUGUAACUGAUGGGCGUUGGGAGUCCAACAACAUCUGGAGGGCCACAAGUUCCUCAUUCCUAGUGUUUAUAGUACUGACAUAGAUGGAGCAAUGCUCUGACGUGGCAUAAGGCGGCAGCUUAGGUCUGCUAAAUUUUUUAAUUACUUGAGGUUUGCCAAUCCCCCCCCCAAUUAAUUAAAUGUACAAAAAGUGAGUUGGAAGGGACCAUGAGGGCCAUCUAGUCCAACCCCCUGCACUGCAGGAAUCUUUGGCCAGAGGUGGAGAACAUGCAACUCUGGGAUUAAGAGUCUCCUGUUCUUAUUGACUUGACUGUAAAUAACUUUAAACAUAUUUUUGUUUAAUAUCACAUAUACUGCAGAGUUUGGGCAUGGAGGUCGUUUUUAUGGCUACGACUUUGUACCUUUCAAAAGCUCAGUGUCUUUUCUUUGUUUUGUUUUUUGAUAUAAACAGUAUCUGCAGCUUCACCAGCUGGUCAGUCUGAAUGGAUCGAACAAAAGUUAACAAAAAGUGAUCGGCCAGAACUGACUAGUGCGAAGGUGGUUGUUUCAGGUGGUAAGUAGUGGCUAAUUGGCUAGAAUUGUGAUGAACUAGUGGUGAAAUUUCUAGCAAAGUAGAAAAUAACGAAAACUUUGUUAUACAGUGGUACCUUGGUUCUCAAACUUAAUCAAUUCCGGAAGUCAGUUCCAAAACCAAAGCGUUCCAAAACCAAGGCCCGCUUUCCCAUAGAAAGUAAUGCAAAACAGAUUAAUCAUUUCCAGACUUUUAAAAACAACCCCUAAGACAGCAAUUUAACAUGAAUUUUACUAUCUAACGAGACCAUUGAUCCAUAAAAUGAAAGCAAUAAUCAAUGUACUACGCUAUAAAAUAAAUAAAACAGUAUUGUAGAUGAUAAAGAUAAAAAAAAAUUUCCCUUACGUUCACUGAUGAUAGUCACUGUUUGAAUGGGGGGCUUUUAUCCAUUUCCGCAGUCAUACAAUCAAUCAGUAGCUGAACUGGGUUCCACACAGUCACAGAAACAAAUUAACUGAAAAAGCCUCAAAAACAAAAAUGCAAAAUAAAUAGCAAAAAUAAAAGCGCCAAAUACAGUGGUACCUUGGUUCUCGAACUUAAUCCAUUCUGAAAUGUUUGAAAACCAAGAUGCGGCUUUUAAUUGGUGCAGGUGCCCCAGAAACAAUAGCUGACAACUGCAUCAGACGUUCGGCUUCUGAAAAAUGUCCAAAAACCACCAGAACACUUCUGGGUUUUCGGCGUUUGGGAACCAAGGUGUUUGAGAACCAAGGUACCACUGUACCUUCUACCAUACCUAAAGAAUUCUGACCAGUAAUUUGUAGUUGGAAGCUGGAAAAUGAGAACGUGUACAAUUCAUUGAAGUGGAUUGGAUGAAAUAAAGUAACUGUAAAUAUCAGCAUUUGUCUUGUAAUCAGCAUGAAUAAUAAAAAUGCUAGAAAAGCUUAGCUUGAAGAAUGAUCUGCUUUUACAGUGAAGGCGGUUUGUAUGCAUGACAGGUGUCCCCUGCAGGGGUUACAUUCCAGGCCCCUCCCCAUAAGUAAAAUCCUGUAAAAUGAGCAGCCUCUAAAAAGCCUCUGAACGCACACAUUUGCCUGCUGUCCACCUCUCUCCCCCACUACCUCUCCACACCUCUUUUUUCCAUUAGAGUUGGAGCUCUGGGGCUGGCUGGAACCUGGAGGACACGUGGAAAAGUGGUUGCUUCUGCUGCUGUUGUCUACCCCACUUGUCAUUUAUUAGGCAGAGAGACUGAGCAGCGUAAUCAAAGCCUCGCUGCGCCUCCAGUCUUUUUGUGGCUUCCUCUGUCCUCACUGGACCUCCUCUUUGGGCUUUUGGGGGGGUCUCCUCACAAGCCCCAAGGACUCUCCAGUUCUCUCCUGCCAUUUCCUGCUAUGAUUCUAUAUAUUUAAUUAUUUACUGGUGCUGCGCAUAUACAUGGUCAUGUGAGAUUUGAACAUGCAUAAGUGGGAUGCCUAUACUAGCACAACUAGUUUAUCACAUCUAUCUCAGGAAAAAAUAAAAUAGCAAAAAACAGUACUCUACUUUCAUAGAAUCAUAGAGUUGGAAGAGACCACAAGGGCCAUCGAGUCCAACCCCCUGCCAAGCAGGAAACACCAUCAGAGCACUCCUGACAUAUGGUUGUCAAGCCUCUGCUUAAAGACCUCCAAAGAAGGAGACUCCACCACACUCAUUGGCAGCAAAUUCCACUGUCAAACAGCUCUUACUGUCAGGAGGUUCUUCCUAAUGUUUAGGUGGAAUCUUCUUUCUUGUAGUUUGGAUCCAUUGCUCCGUGUCCGCUUCUCUGGAGCAGCAGAAAACAACCUUUCUCCCUCCUCUAUGUGACAUCCUUUUAUAUAUUUGAACAUGGCUAUCAUAUCACCCCUUAACCUCCUCUUCUCCAGGCUAAACAUGCCCAGCUCCCUUAGCCGUUCCUCAUAAGGCAUCGUUUCCAGGCCUUUGACCAUUUUGGUUGCCCUCCUCUGGACACGUUCCAGUUUGUCAGUGUCCUUCUUGAACUGUGGUGCCCAGUCGUAUUACAGUCGUACCUCGGAAGUCGAACGGAAACCUAGGCUCGACUUCUGAUUGGUGGCAGGAAGCUCCUGCAGCCAGUUAGAAGCUGCAUAAGCCGCGUUGGACGUUCAGGUUCCAAAGAACAUUUGCAAACCGGAAGACUCAUUUCUGGGUUUGCGGCGUUGGGGAGCAAAAACCUUUGACUCACAAGGCGUUCAAUUGUAACUCUCAAGCCAGCAGGGGGAGUGAAGUGCAAGUUACUAUGCUCUAAUUCCUCCAUUUUUUUUCAGUUAUGGUAGAUAUGUAAAUAAAUGUGUAACCCUCUAUCAUUCUGAAGAAAUAAUUACAUUAAUCUCAAACAGACAACAUUCAUGUUAAGGCUGGUGACAAAAACCAGUCACCCCUGGCUCCAUGCCUGAAAAGUGCACAUCAGGGCAUGGGCAAAAGUAGCAGAGUAGCGUGAAAUCCCGUGGAGUUCCAGUGUAAGAAAACACACACACAGGAAGCAGAAGUUCUUCAGUAAAAUUUUACUGAGGUUCUUAGAGCAUAAAAUGGUUACAAAGCCCAAUAUUCUUGCUGGAUCUCCAGGCAAAGUGCAGAACUUCACUCUGAAGAGCAUGUCCAGUUACAGAGCCAAAAACCACAGACUGUACUGAAGAGAAAAGAUAGAAGGAAUACAGAACCAUUCAGUAGCAGGAUAUUUAUCUUCUACUCUGAGCAUUUUGACCUUGAGUCUCAUAUGACUGAUAAACUGAUAAGGUUCAGUUGGAAAAUGAAUUGUUCCUUGGCUGGGAUGUGUAUGUGUGCCUGACAGAAUGCACUGCAAAAAUCAACAGUGGGGUGGAGCGUACAACAACACUUUAUUACGGUCAUGUAUUUAGUCUGACUCAGAGAUUUCAAGGCACUUGAACAUAUCUAACCUCUUACCUUACUUUUAAGGACGGGGCUUGAAGAGUGGAGAAAACUUUAAACUGCUGUAUGAGCUUGCGGAUGAGUUGCAUGCUGCAGGUAACAACUGCUUUUACUCCUUGGUUCUAGAGCAGUUAGGGAUGCUAUCUAUCCUAUGGGUAUAUCUUUUGAAGUGUGUGAAAUUUGGAUAAAUGGCUUGUAGCUGGAGACUUUUGCGCAUACAUUAGCUUGGAUCCUAACUUCCAUGAGGGGAGUGUAAUAGGGCUUUCUUGCUGCUUCUUUAUAGCUCCCAUCAUGACCCCCUCAUCUGUUCCUGAAGGUUGAGGGCCUAUAGCUCCUGAGGGGCCUAAAGCUGGAAGGGUGAACUGGGGAAAAUCAGGGAUCCCCACUUUCGUUGGAGAACCCAGUCAGAUGGGCGGGGUAUAAGAAAGAAAUUGUUGUUAUUAAUGGGAAGACACAUAGGAUGAAGCAUUAAAUGUUGGCUUCUAUGUUUCUUGAGAUAACUAUCUUUUUUUUGCUUCUAGUUGGUGCGUCUCGUGCAGCUGUUGAUGCAGGCUUUGUACCCAAUGACAUGCAGGUUGGACAGACAGGCAAAAUUGUAGCACCAGUGAGUAUUCAAAUUAUUUUUGCAGAAGAGACUGGUUAAAAUUCCCUGGAAUAGUUUGGAGGACCACUGCCUUUUCCUAAUGGAGCUGUAGGUAAUGCUGUCUCCAGGCUUGCACACAGCCUGCCCGCUCCCCCACCCCCUUUCCCAGCCUAGAACCCUGCCCUUUUCCCUUCAUGGUGUUGCCUUAUCCUGGGAAAGAGUCCCUUCUGGUGCAUGGUAUCAUUGCAGCAGUUUGAGUCGAGCUUGUCAUAACUGACUGACCUCACCCGCAGAGCGUGUGACAUUGGUGACAUGGGUGUGGUUUUCUAAAGUAGACUUGGCCUGAUUUGAACAGAGUGACAGAAGCUUUGCCUCUUGGGAUGAAGGGGAAAAAGGGAGUGUGAUGGAACCUAUUGUAACCUCUUAGCUUAGUCAUAUAAAAUUUACAGCAAACAAACAAACCUAAGCUAGGCCUCAGCAUCUUAAUACAGCCAAACAAGGGGCAUAUCUAAUGCCAAAAUCUUUAAUGCUUCAUUUUAUUUCCCUCUAAGAAGGCAUAUAAAAUAAUUAACAAAAACAAGCAUUUGCUGUGCCAGUUAUUUUUUAGAAAGGUAUUUAGAGAGCUCUGCCUUAUUUGUCCUGAAUGAUGCAAAGCUCUGAGGGCUAGGAUACAUUUCCUAAUCUUACGGGAUAUGUAACAAGAAUGACUGCAAUUAUAUAUUUGUUUGCAUGGUUUCAGCUCUAAAUGCAACAUCACUGGCCUGUUUUGUUUUCAUUCUUGCAUCCCCAGGACUGCAGUAACUUGACUGGUUACAUAUUUGUUUAAGGGGCGCAAAUAGAUACUACAAGGUUCUGUUUAAGGCAGUGGCUAAUUCAGAACAAAACACAGAAUGCCCUCAUAACAUAAGAGGAAAUGGAAUUUUGGUUUUGUGGACCUAGAUGCAGAUUUUAAAAUCACAAUACUGGCAUAGGAAAAAUACUGGAGACAGGAGACUUAAUCAUUCCAGUAUAACUAGUUGCUAUAAUAAACAUUUGGCAUGCCUAAUGAAAUGGCUGCCCCUUCCUCUUUUAGGACAUUUAGAGGAUGCUGUGUGAAUUCUGAGUACUAAAAUUUUAAACUUACCUGGUAUAGAAUCUGAAAUGGGGGGGUUAUCCACAAUAUGGGGAAUUUCAUAUUUAGGCAGCUCCUGUUUUUGCAAUAAGUUGUGUUUUGUGUACAACUGCACUUAGUAAUAUCGUGAUGCAGUAUGAUCUUCUAGGCCAGGGAUGUCCCAACAGGUUGAUCACGAUCCAAUGGUCGAUUGCAGUGGGUCUGUGGUUGAUUGUGGGAUCCUGCUUCCCGCCUAGUUUGGGUCCCUAAAAAAAAGCUCAAUAACUUUGGUUUCCUUAAAAAAAGCUCAACUUUGGUAGAUCACUUUUUUAUAGUGGGAGUAGAUCGCUGUCUCUUGAAAGUUGGACGUGCCUGUUCCAGGUUAAAUUUAGAUCAAUAAAUAGCAACUUGCCUAUGAAAAGGAUUGACUUGAUUGUUGAUGAACUGUAUACAAAAAUUUAACAAGAAUCUGCAUGUCACAUGGCUGAGAUUUUACUUUCGGCAAGCAUGUCUUAAACAAUUGCAUCAGGUUAAUGGAGUAAAUCUCAUUUUUUCCAGUGGAUUGAAAAUUGAAAUCUGAUUGGAAGGGAUAUAAGGAGCAAGUAAAGUUGUGAGGGAAACGCUUGUGUGCUUCUGUUCAUGAUGGUGGGGGAGAGUAUUUUGUCAUGGAUGCUUUUAUUACUCUAUUUAUAGGCUUCAGAACUGGCCUAGUGGGGAAUUCAUCUGAUAUUUAGUAGGGUGUGUAUUUGCAGCAGGUUGGAAGAGAUUUUGACUGAUGCCACUGCUUCUCUGCUAAUGGUUGGGAGAUGUCAAAGGGAAUGGUUUUGAAAGAAGAUAGCCACAUUUUUCUAACUGUUUGCCUUUAAUUAUGCUUUCACUGAUUUCAAGAGAUAUCUUUGCUUUUGGCCCUUUUAAAAAAACCCUUCCUGUGCUAACCACAGACGUACACUAGUUUGUUGCAGACCACUCUGGAAAGCUUGGCAGCCUGUUGAGUUCCUUUAAGUGGAGUAGAAGCUUUCUCAAAAUGCACUCGUCUUGCUCUGUGAACAAAUGGACAGUUUGUUCAGAUACGUUAAAAGUGCGCUCAGUUAGCAGCAUAGUCCUUUGGGAACGUUCUUAGAAGUAAAACAUUAAAAAUGAUUGUACUUAGUUGACUGAGGGGUGAAAAAUUUUUUCCCAUUCAGUAGGAAUGUUGUCUGAAAUGUUUCAUGAUAAUGCAGGACUUAAAGUCUGAGCUGUGCAAAUAAGUGGUCCCUACCAUUUGAGAUCUCAGCCUACAGCAUUAUGGCCGGGGACUGCUGUGGUAUGGAUUGCUACAUUGUUGGGCAUCUUGGCCAUCACCCAUGUCGUCCUCGUUCCAAACUAUUUCCUGGCACCAAAAUGUGCAGAGCUGAGAUAAUAAAUGGGCUUUGUCAUAUCUUGCAUAAUCCUGAAGGGUUUUUGGCCACCAGAGAACUGUUCUAUCAACAUGUUCACAGGCACCUAAGGUAUCUCUCCUUCUAAUAGUGAACUUGGGUGAUAAGUGUGGACAGAAAUGGAGCCAAGAUGGGGCCUCUGAGGAACAAGAGGGAAACAUCUGUAUGUUUGGUGGAACCCUGAGGUUAGCAGAAAGAGGAUGAAAUAUUUAGAAAAUCACUCCAGCGGACUGGGAUGGAACAUGUUCAGUAGCUGCAGUCUUAGUCGAAAAAGAAAAACUGAGGUUCCUUGGUGAGUGGUAGGAGAAUAAAUUGGCCUGUUGGAGGAAGGUGGUAGCUGGAGCACUCCUGAAGAGGAAGCACUCAACCUUGUGUUGGGAAUGAACCAGCGAUUUUUAAACAAACAAACAGCACGGUCAGCUUGAUAAUAAGCCCUCUUGGUUUAAAGCUUAUUUUGAAACUGACCGGCGUUUCUUUUUUAACUUAAGAUCCCUGGUUCUUGUGGUUAAGCUUGACAGAAGUCCUCAUGGCUGUGUGAGUAGAGUUUAUGACUGACACUUCACUUGGAAUUGCGAUGGCUUCUUUGCAUAAUUAUGUAUUGUGGUUUGGCAGUACAUACACACCAGUCUAUCAUUUAAAUAUUAAAUAUUUAUCUUAUACCUCAACAAUCUUGGCAUUCAUUCUGCUUAGCAAGUUGUGACUUUAAAAGAGUACAUUCUGGAGCUCCUUACUGUAAAAUUUCCGUAAAGAUGCACAUGGUAACUAAAUUCUCAGAACUGACAGUUUGCUGUUUGGGAGGAGAGAAUUUGGGUAUUUUAUUAAUGGACCAGGAGUGAUGUUGAUGGUGCAAAGGUUAAGUCAGUGCUGUUAACAGAUUUUGGGGGGAAAUGCCCAUUUCCUCUGAAUGCGCAGCAGCGUUGUCUUGCUUUUUUGAGCCACAAACUUCAAAGAGCUGUUUGUAUGCAAGCUGGGACUGAAUUUUCAGGUUCUCUUUCUCUGACUUGCUAAAAAGCUGAAGACUGACAGCCCCUUUCAUCCUACAUUAUCCAGUGUGGCUUUUAAGUCCAAGAGAACCGUGUUCUCAAAUUGAUGCUCUGUUCCUCAGGGGUUGGUGCAGAAACAUUAAAUUGUACUAAAAUAUUCAUAUGAGAGUGCAUUUAGCUGAAAGCAAUUGAUGUGCUUUUCCCAUGAGAGCAAAAAGAAACGCUGUAUGGCCCUGCACUCAAGCAGACACCCUAAGCACGCUUAAGAGUAAUCACGUGUCCCGGCUGAUCAAAGCCCCAUAUAAGUUCUUAAAGUGAAAAGGAUUAGAAAGGGAUGAAAUUGUUUGACCUGGCAGGCUCUAUAGUGAUGUGAACUACUUCACUGCUUGGGAUUUGAGCAGUUUUUUCCAGUGCAAUGUGGGCUCAUGCAAUAUCCACAUUUUUCCUUGCUUAAUUGCUGCUUCUUCGCUCUGCAGAUUCAACGGGGCUGCAUGGGGGGUGGUUAGAGGGCUCCACAGAUAUUGGCUUCACUUAUUAGCCAACCAUUGUUUGCAGUUUCCAUUCCGCACACACCCUGGUUGCCUGGCAUGUGCAGAGAGCUGGAGAGAGAGAGAGGGGGGGGGGAGGUGCAUUUGGUCCAAUAUUGUUGACUCUGACUGGCAGAGACUUCCAGGUUUGAGGCAGAGAGCUGUUCCCAUCACCUGCUGAGCCUUUUAACUGGAGUAUCUGGUAAUUAAGUAUUGGACCUUUUACAUACAAAGCAUGUGGUCUUCUGAUUCUUCUCCAAAGAUAAGAAACCACAUUUAUUUCUCAUAUGGCUUGGAAGAGAUUCUCCAAACUGCAGUGCAAUUGAGAACUCUGGGGUGUUCCCUGUGUGCUCCUGGCUGUUCUGCUCUCUAUAUGGCCAGGGUACCUGUUGAGCUUGCAAGUGGAUUUGUUGGCACCUUCAUAAGGAAAAUAUAAAUAUUUAACCCAGAGAGCAUAGCACAUUGCAAAUUGCACUGUACUACCACUGCAGGGAUGAUAGCUUACUGUGACAGGCAGAUAUGCUGUUACAAAAGUUUUGGGUGAUGGUUGGUCUUAGAACCACAUAAUAGGUGUGUGUGUGUGGCGCGCGCGCGCACACACACACACACAAACACACACAGAUUCUAGAUGUGCUUAAGGCAUUCAGAAACUUGUUAAAUUGCCACCUGUUGUUUCUUUACUAAUCCAUAUGAAUGCCUAACUUUCUAUUAAUAUGUCAAAUUCUUCAUUCACAAAAACAGACCUCUACACAUUUAUUGGCCACCAUUGCCCUGUUAGUGCAGCCUUAUCACAGCACUGCAUUGUCAGCAAGAUCCACAAGUGCAGAAUUCCCGUCAGGGUCUUGAUUCUAUUUAAAGUGUUUUGUUUUGUGGGACCCACCUCUCUUGUUGAAUCUAUACGAUUUUGUUUUGGUUGUAACCACCAAAGCAUCGCUUGCUGAUGCCACUCUUUGAUGCACUUGGGUCCCAAGCCAUUUAGAGCUUUGUAUGCUAGUACUAACACCUUGAAUUGGGCCAUGCUGCUUGCUGGCAACCGUUGCAGUGCUUUCAGGUCCAGUGGUACGUGGUCUCAUGGGGCUGCCCCACCUAGCAGCUGCAUUCUAAACUAGUGGCAGUCCCUGGAAUGUCUUCAAGGUCAGCUCCACAUACAUUGCAUUGUAGUAGUCCGUGUGGGAUCUCACCAGAGCAUGGACAGCUUCAGUAAAAAAAUGUUACUUUUACUUACUUUCAUAAUUGAAAUUGUUUUAUUUAUUUUUAUAAAUGUAUAUUAUAUUGUUGUAACCCAGCCUGGGCAGAGGAGGAAGAAAUAUUAUAAAUAAAUAGGGUGCAAGCCCUGUCAUUGGGACUUUACUGCUGAGUAAACAUGCGUGGAAAUACUUUGAGAAGUCAAUGGAUAAGAAAUUUGCUGUGGGGUACAGUUGCUUGCUGAAUCUUACAUGGUCUGUAUGCCUAUUUCUCCCCUAAACAUUGAGUUAAAAGGCUUCAGUGUCAGUGAAAGAGCAGCUAAAAUGACAGAUUGAGAAUUGCAUUGCUGGCUUCUCCCUUCUUAGGAUCACUAGGUUUUGACAUGUCGGGCGGUGACUGAUGUGGUUUCUUCCCACAGCAAGUAGAAUCAUAAAAUUGUAGGGUUGGAAGGGACCUCAGGGGUCAUCUAUCCUACCUCCUGCAGUGCAGGAGUCAUAGCUAAAGAAUCUAUGCCACAUGGCCAUUCAAGGAGAGUCCACCACUUUUUGAGGGAGUCUGUUCCACUGUCGAACAUCUCUUAUCGUCAGAAAAUUCUUCCUGAUGUUUAGUCAGUAUUUCUUGCAAUUUCUAUCCAUUGAUUUAGGUCCUACUCUCUGGAGUGGAAGAAAAGGAGCUUGCCCCAUCAUCUAUGUAAUAGCCAUUUUCAAAUAACUGAAGAGCGAUCACAUAGAUGAUAUAGCAAGCUCCUUAAGCCAUAAAAAAUAUUGAGGAGCAGAAGCAAUGUAGAUUGAACCUAAGUCACCCACUGGUAAAAAUUGUUUGCAGAUUGCAUUUUCCCAUUAGUUUGAAUCUUUAUUUCAAUUCUAUUCUGUUUUCUGUUUCAGGAACUUUAUAUUGCUGUUGGAAUAUCUGGAGCAAUUCAGCAUCUAGCUGGAAUGAAAGACAGCAAGGUACUAUAGAAAAGUUUAUUGGUCAUAGUCUAAGCAGGGACAAGCCUCUUUUGGGUGGUGGCAGUUGAGUAAAAUAUACAAACAGAAUAGAUUAAUCCCAUUCUAGAAAGUAAAUCAGUUGUCAAUAGCACAACAUUAUUGCCAAUAGUGCAUUAACACUGUACACAUUCCAAAAUAAACAGAAACAGACCAUUUAUAGAAGCAGACUGAAUUUAUAGCUUAAGCAAAACAAUUUCUGUUUAGAAUCCUAUGCUGUAGACCUAUAUUCAUAUAUUUCAGAAUCUGACACAUGAAUUCAUGCAUAACAAUGUGCAAUUUGAAUUAUGGACUUACUAUUCCAUAAAGUAAAAGACGCUUUUUGAAUGUUCCAUCAUUUAUCCAUUCAAAUGGAAACCCUAUUAUAAAAUGAUAAUAAAACUUUAAAAGGUUUAACUCAUUAGUAGCUGAAAUGUUUUUCAACUAUGUUUUUCCACAAGACUUGUUCAGAUUAUCUUUCUGUACCUCCAGUGGAAGAUGGGUUUCAUUAUCUCUGAAACAAGAGCUUUCCUGCCUUUUCAAGAGGCAGUUUAAUGUGAGAAAAAUCACAUGUUGAAGCAUGAAAACUAUAAAACUAUAAAAAAAUUCUGUGUCUUCGCUGUAUGUCCCAGUUUUCUUUUUUGUGUUCUCUGAUGUGCUUUGUUUUCUCUUUGAAUUGUGAAGAGUCAGACUAUUUCUUGUCAUUAACAAAUCAUCCUAAUGACAUUGGAGCCAUGUAGUCACAUAGAUAUGUCUGGGCAGAACAAUGCUACACUCCUUUUUGGGACAUAGUUUCAGUACCUGAAUAGUGUCUCUCUCUCUCUCUCUCUCUCUCUCUCUCUCUCUCACACACACACACACACACACACACACACCCCACUGUGGAGACUGCUGGAAAAAAAUUGCCCAUAGUGGUAUAUGACACACCAGCUGAGGUGCCUCUUACCUGUUCCUUAGCCCAACUCAUGUAGCCGAUACUCUGGGCAAUGUGCCUUUUAAAACUCCUCCUCCUGCUUGGAGUCUCAGAAAUAUUUGUUGAUGGUUAGUGCAUUGAGGUUGCAUCCAGUGUUCCUCUUCCUCAGAGCAGACUCGUUGAUACGAAUGGGCAUGAAGAACUUUCAUCCAUUAAUUUUAUUGGCCGUGACCCUAAGAUUAUUACCCUAUAUAAAGUUACUUGGGGAGGAAACCCCAUUGAACACAGUAAAACCUUAUUUUGGGCAGAUUCAGGUAGGUAGAUUCAGGUGUUGGUCUGACGCAGUCGAAAUAAAUAAUUUUUUUUUUUUUAAUUGUCCAGUAACACCUUAGAGACCAACUAAGUUUGUUCUGGGUAUAAGCUUUCGUGUGCAUGCACACUUCUUCAGAUAUCUGAAGAAUAACUUAUUUUGGGCAAAUGUGCACAGGAGUACAGUACAAUUCACAAAGUGACUUAUCUGAGAUGAACAGGAGAACAAUUUGCCCUCUUUCACAUGAACAGUACUUUGAGAGACAUAAUUAAAUGGCAGAAAUGGCAAGAAUGAGCAUUCUAAAAUGAAGGAACUAUGGUUUAAUAUUAAGGUGGAAAGGAAUCUAGCAAAAUGAUGCUCCUGCCAGAAUGGUGAAAUUGGUGGAGGAAGAUUGUUGAUGCUGCAGUUUUCAUUCUUAAACUGUAUGUUGUUAAGAUAGUUUCCUGCUCCGUAUGAUCUUUUUGUGAGGAGGAGGCAUUAAAAGUCAAUAUGGAAAGGUGAACAUCCAAUUCAUGUUCAAUCUUGUGUGCUGCUCCCUGACUGGCUUGGACUAUAUUGGACCAUCUUUUUUGUCAUGACCACCCAAACAGAUGAUUCCACCAGUAAUGCUGGGGAAAAUAUUCACCCUCUAAUACUCGAGCAGAAUGAUCUCUCUGUAAUGAUGGUGAAGGAACUGUCCUAUCCAAGCCCUGCUGGGUUGGAAGCUGGUGGGAUGGGCAGCUUUUCCCCCUUGGCUGGGAGAUUCACUCUGCCAGCUCCAGGGCUGGCACAUGUUUCUUCCUGGUUUAGAAGUUUCCCCGGAGAACAAGGGAGCUUUUAGGACUCUCUCUCCCUUGCGCCAUUGGAACACAGAUGGCAUAAGUGUGUGUGUGUGGGGGUGCAGCUGCAGAGCUUUCUGUGACCACAAGGGGAUCUCUAAGGUGAAUCUUCCUUUUCAUGGGCAGAUGAAGAAAUACACUCUUUCCUGUGGCCCCUGGGCUGCCCUCCUGGCAGGAACCACUGGUUUGCACCCUAAGGCAGGGGUGGAUGAUAUCUGGUUUUCAACAUGCAGUAUAUCACCAGCUAAACAUCACGAUAUACCAAUAUAUCACCAUGUCUGAAAUAAGGAUGGAGCUAUGUAGAGGCACUGGCUGAGCUCACUGUUUCCCCCACAUUGUGAUUUUUGCAUAGCGGUAUAAUGCCAGGUCAAAAAUUAUGAAAACGAUAUCACGAUAUGGCCUUCUGUUUGGUUUUGGAUGAUAUAUCAAUAUAUCCCCCAGCCCUACCCUAAGGCUGCAAUGGUCUACACAAAUGCUGAGCUCAGUGGGACAGAAUUCUGAAUAGACAUGCUGAGAAAUGUGCUGUAAAUUGCUUUGGCACUGGACUUGAAUAAAACAAAUCUUUCAUCACUUCAGUAAGUUGUGCUAUUUCUGUCCACUGCUUUGGGUGUUGAAAAUGCCAUUUUUUUAAAAAAAGAUGUUCAAAUAUGUUUUGCUAGAGGUUCUUUUCUGAAUAUUGUUAUAUAUUUGAACUCACAGAACAUAUUUUUGAGAGCUUAAACUUUAUUUUACUUUUACUUGAACUGUGCCCCACUUCUGUGUGUUUAUCAAACCCUAGACGGAGUUGGGUUGUAUCUGCUCAAACAAUGUGUGGAAGCAAGGGAAACCCUUCUGUAACCAUGGCAACAAUCUCCUGAGUGGAUUUCCACCCUCCAUGCUGUCAAUUAUCUGGCACUGUGAACUUGCACACUUUGAAUAUGUUUCUGAAAGUAGUCCACAAAGCUUUUUGCAAGCAAAAUGUAUAAUUUAUUUGUCGUUAUGUCAAGGUAGAAAACCAGUAUUUAUUUAUCUUUAAAUAAUGGAAUCUCUCCGCUUUCCUCUCUCCCCUUAAAAACUAUUUUUCAUAUCUAUAUGAAAAAUAGUUCACUAAAAUUAAACUGUUGAUAACUAGCAAAUAAAUAUUAUUGUGACUUACAGCUGCAUGUAAAUAAAUUCAUGUUAUGCUUCUUCGUUGCCUGUAAGCUGCUUUGAGUUAGUUAGUUAACCUUUUGCUUAAGUAAAUUAACUAAAUAUUUAAAUAAAAGACUUGAAAGUAAAAACAGGUGAGGCUUAAGCAUUAAUUGGGCCAGUGGCUGAUUCGUUAACACAGUUUAUUGCAGGACAGUGGUGUUGCUACCAUUUGAAAGAGAGAAAGUAAAAUGUCCCUUUGGAGGUACUUGAGCCGUACGUCCUUAGGCAGGUUCAAGAAGCCUGUGAUGGCUUUAUUGAACCUGUUCAGAGGCAGCGUGCCACUGAACCUCAGCUGCUGGGGAGCAGCAGCAGAGGUGGUCUGUGACUUUUCUGUCCUCCUUGUGGACUUCCCAACAGCAUCUGCUUGGUCGCUAUGCAGAAUGGAAUACUGGACUAGAUAGUCCUUUGGUCUGAACCAGCAGGGUUGCCCAUGUGUUUCGAAGCCCUCGGGGAUGUUGAAGGUUGCUCUUUGCACAAUGGCUGCAAUUUCUAAUUAUCUAGCCCACAGCCCUAAGAUUGUUGCAGUGAUUCCAAUCCAGUGGACUGUAUCCAAUGCUGCAGCUCCUGCAACAGACUUCCAGGUGCAGGGUGGAGCUUCUUCCUCUCCAGUCCCCUCCAGCCCCCCCCCAGUAGUCCCUCAAAAUUGGCUCCGGGGGGUUGGGGGACAUUCCAGAGUAGAUCUGGCAGUGGGGGAAGGGAACUGGAAGUCCUGUUGCCCCAGCUCAGAACUGGAAUCAACCCAUUGCCUCUGCUUAUUAUUAUUAUCAUCCCAUGUCUUUGAUUCUCAGGCCCAUCUUUUUAGAUGUGUUGUUCAGCUUAUCUCGAGGCUGGGAAUGGGUCUUGUUGGACUCCAGCUCCCAUCAGCCCCAGCCAGGAGGGCCAGUGGUGCUCCAGCCCUGCUUUAGAGUGAGAAUGGAGAAGUUGAGAGAGCACUAGCAGGCGAUGGUGUUUUGCCUUUGGAGUUGCUUGUGAUGAAGGGUGGGAGGCUGGAUUUAAAGUGUGAUCCUGGGCAGGAAAAUAGAAUUUCACUAUGUGGCAUUGCAUGUGCCCAGUGUCUGGCUUGACACAUGCAUUGCCAACAGAUUCGGGGGGGGGGGAUUAAGAUGGAGGCACCACAAGACAGGUUGUAAACAUUCAGUUUUUUAUUUUGGUUGUGAAGAGUGAGAAAGAACCUCCUUGAAGAGCCGCAGGGUCAGCCAAGGCUGGGGGCGUUGAGCAGGCGGUUGGGCAAGUGGGUCUCCUCCCACUCUGUGAUUCUGUGACUACAGAGAAAGCCAUCAAUAACUUGUACUCCAUGAGUAAUCUCCCUGUUUACUUUCUUUUUUCAGACAAUAGUAGCUAUCAACAAAGAUCCAGAAGCACCAAUAUUCCAAGUUGCCGAUUAUGGUUUGGUAGCCGACUUGUUUAAGGUGAGUUUUGUUGUGGGGGAACCAACCUGAUUACAUUCCAAAAGUUGUUGGGUUAAAGCUGCCUAUCCGUCCUCACAGACGUAAACAGAGAUUGAAUGUGUGCUGAUCACUUUCCUUUCACUCUCCAAUACUUCAAACUUUAGAAGUGUUUCCUUCACCCACCUCAAUCCAAGUAAGGCGGUUUGGGAUGGGCACUGAUUUUGAUGGCCCUGCAAAAAGUCAUUAUGUCAUAGACCUUGCUCUUUAGGAUCUUGAAACCUCGUAUGGCAAGGGUUAUAUUCAAUGAAUCUGCCAAUAUCUAGGUAGCCCCUUUUAGCAGCCAGCACCGCCUCCCAAAUGGGGUCAUACAGCCUUGACCAUAUGUGUUAAGGUAAAGGUAAAGGGACCCCUGACCAUUAGGUCCAGUCGUGGCCAACUCUGGGGUUGUGGCGCUCAUCUCACUUUAUUGGCUGAGGGAGCCGGCGUACAGCUUCCGGGUCAUGUGGCCAGCAUGACUAAGCUGCUUCUGGUGAACCAGAGCAGUGCAUGGAAACGCUGUUUACCUUCCCGCCGGAGCGGUACCUAUUUAUCUACUUGCACUUUGACGUGCUUUCGAACUGCUAGGUUGGCAGGAGCAGGGACCGAGCAACGGGAGCUCACCCCAUUGCGGGGAUUCAAACUGCCAACCUUCUGAUCGGAAAGUCCUAGGCUCUGUGGUUUAACCCACAGCGCCACCCGUGUCCCUGACCAUAUGUGUUACAUGAUACUUAAUAACAUGUUUCCUAUCUUAUUAGCAGAAUGGAACUAUAUGAAAAUUCUGCAGGCAAGGGGUUGACCACAAUCUGCAUUAACUGAAGCAGGGCUUGUAUUUGAGAGCAAAUGGCUGUACAACUUUAUUUUAGCAGAUUACAAUUAAAAUAUCCUAUUGGGUUUGUUACUUGGGAGGCACUUUUACAUGCAACAGCCAUGGCCGACAUCUUGAGCCCUCCCCUCCCGAUGCUCUCUUUUCGUCUCCCAGUAGCUUGGCCAAGGUCAGAGGGAGAUUUGCUUCUCUCUACUCCCACUCCAGGGCUACAGGUUAAGAUGGUAGGAGGAGGUACACUCUAAUUUUGUGCCAGUGUACCCUCUUACCUUCCUUAGAGGUGAGGAUGCCCCUGCAUAACUGUAGCGCCCCCUGGAGGGACCAGUGGGAAGAAUGCAUUCAAAGUAAGGAAGCAGAGUGCAAUUCUCUCCUCUUCCUCGACUUCCAGUGGUGAAGCUGAAUAUGGUCUAGAGCUCCUCAGCUGGCUUUUGUGAUAAAGCAAGCCAAUGUAAAUAAGAACUCUGCCAAGGAUGGGGAACCUCUGGGCCUGUCAAGGGGUCCAAUUUGGCCCAAACCUUGCCUACUUUCAUGGAAAGCCCUCCCUCCACUGAUCCCUACAGUCUCCAAAAAGGACCAGUGUGAGGCAAGCUUUCCAAAUAAAUGGAGUCUGCUUGCUUUUGCUGCCCAUGCAAGGUCAGCUUUUUUCCCUUGAUUACCCCAUCAUUCUGUGAUGAAGGACUAGUUAUGUGCAUUGCAGCACUCUCAACAGUCUCCCUGCCUUAAAACAUCUUUAAAGGAAGUGGGAGAAAAGGCUGCUUCAAGGAACACUGCAAAAUGUUUCCCAGGCACUCCCACACUCCUUUUAAUCUCUGAUUGCAGGGCAAGCGAUUUUGACAGGUGGGUGGGACAACUCACUUGAUGAUGAUGAUGAUGAUGAUGAUGAUAAAUCAUGUGACAUCAUGUAUCUGACAAGUGGGUUGCCCUGACCACCCGUCAAAGUUGGCCUGUUGGGUGAGGCAAGAUAAACCAGAGCCAAAAAAGGUCCACACCCCUAGACUGGGCAAAUGUGGCACUUUGGAAACAGAGGGUAUGUAUUAUUUCUGGCACUAUUGCCCCGACCACAUAAAUUCCACUGGCACCUGUUUUACCUGGAUCUAUAUUGUGCUACCCCACCUCAAUAAUUGAGAAAAGUGUCAAAAUCUCUUUGGCAACUGUGGCAGUGAAGGAACGGGCAGCAAGGGUGCAGUCUUGAAUAAAAUAUGGGGGGGCACAGGUAAAUCCCACCCCAAUCGAUCACAAGAUGCAGCAUAAGCACAUCAUUUGAGUGGCAGUGUCCAUCAAUUUUGGGGGGGGUGUUUCUGGCCCUCUCAAAUAUUUUUGGGGGGGGCCAAAGGGACCUCGGCCCAUAGGAGUCAGCUCCUAUAAUCGGCAGUCAGGUAUCUUAAGGCUUUGUCUCUAUGUGAUGGCUCGUCCCUCUGUUAAACAAUUCCACCUCUUUAGUUCUUAAAUGUGCUCCUGGAAGGGCCAUAUCAGGCUAGAUUAUUGGGCGGGUGGCGCUGUGGUCUUAACCACUGAGCCUCUUGGGUUUGCCAAUUGUAAGGUUGGCGGUUCGAAUCCCCAUGACAGGGUGAGCUCCCAUUGCUCUGUCCCAGCUCCUGCCAACCUAGCACUUUGAAAGCACACCAGCACGAGUAGCUAAAUAGGUACCACUGCGGCGGGAAGGUAAACAGCAUUUCUGUGUGCUCUGGUUUCUGUUAAUAACAAACAUGUUAAUAACAAAAACUGGAAGCUUCCGUUUGGUAUGUGCCUUGGUGUCUAAAUUCAUCUCCAGUAGUAAGGAAAGCAAAGGACUCCCAUUGGGUCAACCCCAUAUCAUGCUAGGCCUCAGUGGAUCACAUUCAUUUUUAUUUUUUUUACAAUCUAUGUUAUGUCUUCCUAAAUCUUAAUCAGUUGGCUUCACCCAUUACAGAAUGUUACUAAAGUAAACACUAAUAUAUAAGGAAGAGUGAAAUGGCUUACACCAAAUCUAAGAUUGGCUUAGUUUGUUAUGUCAAGUGACAAGAGUGUGAAUUUCCCAGAACAAAACAGUGCUGACAUUUAUUUCAUGCCAUCUUAUAUUUUGUGUUUGAAAAUGCUUACUUGUGCUGCUGAAACGGCCGCUUGCCGUCUCAGUCUUUUUCUCUCCUCCCCCUUUGGGGUUCUCCUAGCAUGUAAUCUGUGCCCCUGGCAUGGGUGCCUGGUGGUAUAUGGAUGGAGGAGAGGCGGCGGCAGAAACCCUGCCAGCACUUAAUGCUAUUCCUGAACUAAUGCCUGUCGUCUUGGCAGUAAACAUGGGCCUUUUAAUAAGCUGGAGACAAAGUGACAUUCGGAAGAAACAACAUGUAGACAAUUUCCUUAAUAAAUUUUGUACGACCACAUUAUUUCCACCUAAUGGAAAUGUAGAUCUCUUAAAUAAUUGAGAGGCUUUAUUCAUCAGCUGGGAUCUUGCUGAGUGAGGGCAUCCUACCGCCCCUGGAAAGAGAAGGUAACUGAUAUUUACUAGGUAGCAUUUCAGGUGUAGUCAGUAGGCCCAUCCACCACCUGUUUUCAUGGAUUGCUGCUCUUCAGAAGACUAGUAAGAAUCACCGUGCAGCAUGGGCAGAGCUCAGUUAAGUGACAGGUCUGCUGCAGAUGCCAAGGGCCUGGCACCUGUCCCUCUGAAACACCGGCUUAGUUAAAUGAGCUCUUCUGUCUGCCUUCAUGGCCUGAUUUUGCACAUCCCACCACAAAGUUGCAUUUGAAAUAAAGUGGACUGCUUGCUUAGUGCUUCUUUGGCUUCUCAAAACUAGAGAAAUAAAACCAGAACUCUGUUUUUCACAUAAAAUUGUUACAACAUUCUACAGCAACAGUUCUGAGCUUUAUAAAUCAGCUGAAAUGAAAGUUUGGCUAUGCCGUAAUUUGUUGGCUUUUUUAAUACAAAGACUUCAGCAUUGCAUGCUAAAGCAGGGAGUGGGGAGCCUGUGGCCUUCCAGUUGUUGUCCAGUUACUGCUCCCAUCAUCUCUGCCCAGUAGCCACUCUCACUGCCACUAGGUGAGUCUGGAUUUAGCAACCUGCUCUAAAGGGUUUUUUUUCUUGGCUGCAGCUGGGACAGGCUUUAGAGCUCAGUGCAGAAGUCUUCAUGUUCAGUCAUCCUGCUGAUCUUGAGCAUCGCAAUCAGCAGCCAUACACCUUUUGCAUCUGUGACGGGCAGAACAAGCAUACAAUACCUUGAAUAUCAUGUAAACUUUGUGCUUGCUGUUGGUCAACACAUGCUGAUUUGUUUGUUUUUAAGAUCAUCCAAAUGUACUUAAGUUUAGCUGCUUAAACAUGUUUCUUAAGCUUUCAUAACACUUCUAAGAUGUUCCAGUUCUUUGCAUAUUUAAAUUUAGCUGCUUUUAUGGCUUUUUCAGGUUGUUCCUGAAUUGACAGCGGCAUUGAAAAAGUGAAAACCUCAAGUAUUUGGGCAGAAAUGAAUGUGACCAGCUUUGAAAUGAUCAUUUUAAACAAUUAUUUUUAAAUGAAACUAAAAAUGUAAUAACUGGUGAUCUGUUGCCAAAAUUGUAUGUUCUAGGUGAUAUCUGAAUGCCUUGUAAUAUACUUUUUUUUUUUGGCCUUUUUAGUUCCCAUUUGACUACAAGCUAUUUGAUGAAGAUUUUCUAAUUCUGUAAUAAAAUAUGCAUCAGAUAC